UUUUUUUUCUUUUUUUUUUUUUUUUUUAAUAUAUAUAUAUCUAUUGUUGUUAGAAAUUAUCGAAAACUAUCAAAAAUGAGCUCGAGUAAUUCAGACAAAAGAUUCAUGGCUGCAUUUAUGGGUGAGACCGGUGAUGAUGUCGAAAAGUGGCUUGAUGAAUUUCAUUGUUUAAGCCAAACAAGCGGAUGGGAAGAGAACAGAAAAUAUGAUAUGCUGGCUUUUCACUUGGGAGGAAAAGCAAAAACAUGGUUUGAAGAUAACAAAGACACUUUGAUCAAUUGUGAGCUCUUAGAGUCAGGAGUAAUCAAAAAAUACAAAACAAAUGACAAAGAAGAUUCUGCAAAAUUGACAAACCCUGCCUACCUUUCACAAGAGAGCUCUUCUGUGCACAGCAAAAAACCCAUGUUCGCAACUCUUCCUGUGGCUAUGGUUUACAAGAUUAAAGAAGCACCUCCUCAAGCUGAGAUAAGUGAUGCGUUCUUUAAGUUGUGUGUUGUGGCAGCUUGUACAAAGAGAGAUGUGUUGAUGGCUUAUAAAUCUGAGAAGGUCGGCAAAAAUGAGAUACUGGACGAUUACUUGAAUAAAAACUUCUCACGCCAUGGGGUUAUCAACUUUAACAUUAUGAAUCUUAUUGGUAACAUCCUUUUAUGUUACCUACCAGACUCUUAUUGUGACUUUAUAUCAGCGUACCGCGAGAAGUUGAAGGCAGGCAGUAUCUUUGACUCUGACAUCGAACAUAGUGAUUUAUCAGAUCAGCAAAAAACUAUUCUUCAAGACAAACUUCGAGUUUUUAAUAUGGACAAUAGCAAGAUCUGUGGAUAUGUUAUGAACAACUUCAGAAUUCGAUGUGAAAAGAAUAUUUAUUUGCCAAACAUUGACUUUUUAAAUUGGAAAACUACUUGUCUUACAGCAGAAGAGAAACACAUUUUGGAUGAUUAUUAAACGGAUACAUGUUAUAAAAGGAACUUCGGAUAUCAUCAUAUUGCUUAAUAAGUAUGGUUAUAUUUAACGAUAUGUUUUCA